AAGCCGAAGAAGCUUUUAGGGGUAAUCGUCGGUAUCCUAAUGAUGGUGCUUUAUACUCUACACCUUGUUCACAAUGUAUUCAAAUUCCGCUCUUAGUUUUGUGUAUUCAACUUCUUUUCAGAGGAAUCUUGCAAUCUUAG